AACGGGUGUGUUACGAUCCCUUCUCUCUUCUUUGGUUCUCCAGUAUUCCGCCUACGCUCUCGAUUGCUCACUGAUGGGAAGCGUAAGCCGCGGUCGCAAUCUCGGUUCCGGUAGCGGAUUACCGACGGUGCUUUGUGGAAGAUCCCACAAGAUCGGCGCAAUCGUCCUCGUCGUCGCUACCUUCCUCGUCACUCGUGCCUUGGAUCGCCUCUCCUGCGACUUUCCUUCCCCCUCCUCCGCUGCAUCCCCCGCCCUCUUCGACCGCAGCAGUGGCUAUCUAUCCUGGCCCGAACGAAGCUACGGCUCCCGCCUCGACCUUAAGAUCUACGUCUACGAGGAGCAAGAGAUCGAUGGCCUCCGCGAGCUGAUGCGCGGAAGGGACGGCCGGAUCUCCCCCGACGCCUGCCUCAAGGGACAGUGGGGUACGCAGGUCAAAAUCCACCAGUUGCUUCUCAAGUCAAGAUUUCGGACGUUGAACAAGGAGGAAGCAGAUCUCUUCUUUGUUCCCUCAUAUGUUAAAUGUGUGAGGAUGAUGGGCGGUUUGAGUGAUAAAGAAAUCAAUAAAACGUAUGUAAAGAUUCUCAGUCAAAUGCCACAUUUCCGAUAUUCAGGUGGUCGUGAUCACAUAUUUGUCUUCCCUAGUGGGGCUGGUGCUCACUUGUUUCGUUCCUGGGCUACAUUUUUGAAUCGGUCAAUCAUCUUGACUCCAGAGGGUGACCGUACUGAUAAACGUGAUGUUACUGCUUUUAAUACUUGGAAAGAUAUAAUUAUUCCUGGAAAUGUUGAUGAUGGAAUGACUAAGUUGCAUGGCCCCAAUGUGGUUCAGCCUAUUCCAUUAUCAAAAAGAAAUUAUUUGGCAAACUUUCUAGGACGUGCUCAGGGGAAGGUUGGUCGUCUUCAAUUGGUGGAACUUGCCAAGCAAUAUCCUGAUAAGUUGGAAUCUCCAGAGUUGCAUCUCACAGGACCUAACAAGCUGGGAAGAACUGAGUACUUCAAUCACUUGAGAAAUGCUAAGUUUUGCCUAGCUCCACGUGGCGAGUCAUCAUGGACGCUUCGAUUCUAUGAGUCUUUCUUUGUGGAAUGUGUCCCAGUCAUCAUAUCAGAUCAAGUUGAGCUUCCUUUCCAAAAUGUGAUUGAUUAUACGCAGAUAUCUAUCAAAUGGCCAUCUACUCGGAUAAGCACUCAACUCUUUGAAUACCUAGAAAGCAUACCAGAUGAAGUGAUAGAAACAAUGAUAGCUCGAGGCAGACAGGUGAGGUGUCUGUGGGUCUAUGCCUCCGAAGCUGAGCCAUGCUCUGCUAUGAUAGGCAUCAUGUGGGAGCUUCAGAGAAAAGUGAGGCGUUUUCACCAGUCUGCAGAAACAUUUUGGCUUCAUAAUGGCUCAGUUGUUAACAGAGACUUGGUUGAGUUCCAUCGCUGGAGAACUCCUGUUCCCUUGCCUUGAUCAGGUCCUACUUUGAACACUUUUCUUAGUAAUCACAAGUCUAGUUGCUUCAUUUCUUCAUGUUUUGGUGGAUUCUAUACGUGAAUUGAUUUAGUAGCUCUAUUCCAAUUCAAGAAAAGUCUGAUCAUUUCAUCUGGUUUCAUCUAACUGUUCUGUGUCAAGUCUUGAACAUGGAUGUCUGAUCAUCCAGGCACGGGUGCAUUUAGUUUUCUUUACUAUGCCUGGAUGAUUAUAUCUCAGAUACCUAUUUGGUUUAGAUUUUGUGUCUACAAUAUCAGACUUAUUGUAAAAAACUACAUUUUGUGUUCAUGAAUAACUAACAAUACAUGUGAAUAAAACUUGCUUUCAA